UCAUGUACCCAUAAAAUGGGACGAGCCCCCAAACGAGCGACCAUUGAGUGCUUGAGCGUUCCCCGACCAAGACCGUUCGUUUCUUGCAACCGUAUUCAGAGUUAGUUCACCCGUGAGAAGACUCGAGAGAAGCAGCCUCUUCCCAAUAGAUAUUUGGAUCCACUUCACCGAGCGUGAUCCCCUCGAUCCUCGAGGGUUCCUCUGUCACCAAGAAGUGGUUGAGGGGGAAGCAUCCCUCAGCUGGAUAUGCUGUUUAAAAAAAGUUAUCUCCAGACAUUGCCGCUUCUUUUGGUGCUUUUCGCUGCAGCGGGGGCAUGUUCCCCAAGGCUACGGAGGAAAUAUCAUGAGAUGAGACAAAGGGAGGAGGAAAUGGCGAGGACGGGCAGGGGAGAGGAGCUCAUGGAUCCGCCCAUCGAGGACAUCGGGGAACGCCUUAUACGGGCUCCACAAUCACAAACCGAUUCGUUCCCUCCAGGAGCCAUGAGAGUGCAGGAUAUUGAUCCCAGCACGCUGGCGGCACAAUUGGCGACAAGUUCGGAUAUGACAAAGUUCAACCCAACUCCUUAUGAAGUGGGCAGUCCCGAAUACAAUAUGGCCAUGAUCAACUUGCUGCUAAGCCUCAAAGAACAAGGCCAUAACGUUCGGGAAGUGGAGACAAAUCAGCCUCUACCGGAACUUUAUCGAGAUCAACAUCAACCGGGGGGCAAGGAUCCAUUGGUAUGCAAAACAGUUCCAUACAACAUUUGUUAUCGGAUGGAUAAACAUGGUAACCUUCAUCCAAUCGGUGACCGAAGGCCAGUCAGACUUUUACGGGUGUAUAAGCGGAAGUAAUGACGUGCUCGCCAUUUGCUCGGUGGUCUUUGGAUUACCAUUCUCGUGGGCAAGGAAGGCCCUGAGAAUACUCUUCUCAAUGACGCUUUCUCUUCAUCAUGAAUUCUCUCCAGGUCAACAGCUGUUACUUUAAAUGCAAUGCGUCAUCAAUUGACUCUUUUAAUCGAUAAUCGAUAGUUUGUGCUACAAUUUGAAACUCACAUCAUGUUGUUUGGAUUCUGGUUCGUCACCAGACACUUUGUGCGAGUAAUAUCAAUUAGUUAUCCAUCAAUCGGUUUGCCCUUGUCUCGAACGAAACUUGCUCAACUUGAUGGAGUGGAACUAUUUUUGAGCCCUUGGUCAGACAAUUUCUUCGGAAAUUGGACAUUUUUAACUCCAUGAUUUCAUCACAUCGUAGCUUGGACGUUUUGUCUCGAGUAUCGUUCAGAGUACUUAAUAUUCACAUAUGAUAUGCCAUGUAGGAUGCCAACUCUCUCAACUUCGUUUUGGUUUCCCUAAUUACUUAACGUUCUGCAAAAACAACCACAACCACAACAACACAUGACAAGCUUUUUCUAUACUCAUUCAGAAAUAAACACAAAUUUGUAAACAAAUCACAACAA